UUCAAGGAGCCGGUGCCGCUGACGGGCCGGUCCGCCAUCCUGGGGGAGCAGCGCAACAAUUAUUUUUGCGACGUGGCGUGCGGGCGCGGCGAGAUGGGCGACUCUACCUUCGCCAUCACCAAGUCCGGCCUGCUGUGCGAGUUUAAUAACCGACGUCUGCUUGAUAAAUGGGUCGAGCUCAGGGUGGGUCAAGUGGGUCGAGCUCAGGGUGGGUCAAGUGUUGAGCAUCACCACUACCUGAGCAUCAGCUCAGGGUGGGUCAAGUGGGUCAUGAGUGGGUCGAGCUCAGGGUGGGUUAAGUGGACGACGAGCGCCAACUGCCUGGUGGCAGGCGAGGAGUUCAUCUUCGUGGGGUGCGGGGACGCGAUCGUGCGCUGCUUCAACCCCUACAACCUGCAGUUCAUUACAACCCUCCCCCGCACCCACUACCUCGGCGUCGACGUCUCCAAGGGCCUCACCAUCAAGUGGGUCAAGGGGUCAGGGUGGGUCAAGGGGCUAGUGCAGCUGGAGCGCGUGCUGGGGCUGACGGUGACCAGCAAUGCUGCCCUCGACUGCGACCCUCACACCGGCAACGUCGCCUACCCUGCCGGGUGCACGGUGGUGCAGCUAAACGCGCGCAAGAGCAGACAGGCGCACGUACAGAACGCGUCACGCAAGACAGUAACGUGCGUAGCGUACAGCGCAUGCGGCCGCUACCUCGCGCUGGGGGAGUGCGGUCACCAGCCCGCCGUGCGUCUCUGGGACCUGCACGACAACAAACAGCUGCACGACUUCCUGGGGCACAAAUACGGCGUGUCGUGUGUCGCCGUGUCACCAACGCAGAAGUAUGUCGUGUCCGUGGGGUCACAGCACGACAUGAUCGUCAACGUCUGGGACUGGAAGAACGGCAUCAAGGUUGCGUCGAACAAGUUCUCGAGCAAAGUGAAGGCGGUGAGCUUUGCUGAGAACGGCUCCUACUUCGUCACCGUGGGUAACCGCCACGUCAAGUUCUGGUACCUGGAGGUGGCGCGUGGUCAUAAGUGCCAGAGCGUCGUUCGAAGCCGUCAGGUGAGGUCUGCUCUUGGAAGGCUCCACUUGAUAAGCCAAACAAGCCUCAAGAUGCUUCCUCCUCAUCCUCUUCAUCCUCCUCCUCAUCCUCCUCCUCAUCCUCCUCCUUAUCCUCUUUAUCCUCCUCCUCAUCCUCUUUAUCCUCCUCCUUAUCCUCUUUAUCCUCCUCCUCAUCCUCUUUAUCCUCCUCCUUAUCCUCAUCAACCUCCACACACCCACACCUUCAAUGGACCGAUCACUGGCUUGCCGCGCCCUCGGAUGAGGGGAAAGCCUUCCGUUUUAGGACAUAUGGGACAGCACCCUGGUACGGCCAGGUACCCAGAUACGGUGGCCGUAGCGUACGACCAUCUCAACCACAAGCUCACGGCCGUCUACAACGAUCACUCCCUCUACGUCUGGGACGUCACGGACAUCAAGAGGGUCGGCAAGUCGCACUCGUACCUCUACCAUUCGGCCUGCAUCUGGGGGGUGGAGAGUUACCCUCAGGCGGCAUCAGGGGGCGGUGGCAUGAGGGCACAGCGCCCCUCGUCGGCAGGGCUCCUGCCCGAGGGUUCCUUCGUGACGUGUUCGUCUGACGACACCAUCAGGGUGUGGAACCUCGCCUCAGAACUGCCCCAACAUCCCCUCUACACCCGCAACAUCUACAGUAACGAGCUACUGCGGGUGCUGUACGUAGACCCCGACCUGAACUAUCUCAAGGACUCAGACAUCAGUCCUGCAGGAGCGCAGGACAAACAACAACAGCAGCAGCAGCAGGGGGGCGGGGGCGACGUGUCGUACGACUCCAGGAACGGCGUGCGCUGCAUUAAAAUCAGUCCCGACGGCCGACAUAUUGCGUCGGGGGAUCGAGCUGGCAACAUCCGGAUCCACGAGCUACAGGGACUGGAGGAGGUGUGCAAGAUUGAGGCGCACGACGCUGAGGUGCUGUGCCUCGAGUACACGCGCCCUGACACACGGCACAGCCUCCUGGCCUCAGCCUCACGAGACAGGCUCAUACAUGUCUUCGAUGUGGCCCAGGACUACAGGUUCCUGCAGACGCUUGACGACCACUCCUCGGCCAUCACGAGCGUGCGCUUCUGCCAGGGCCAGCAGCAGGGCCUGCAGCUCGUCUCCUGCAGCGCUGACCGCUCCAUCAUCUUCCGCUCUGCCACCAUCAACAACGCCAACGAGGUGUCCUUCAACAGAGGCCACAACAUCGCUGGGAAAACUACACUUUACGACAUGGAGGUGGACUACGGGCAGCGCCAUAUCCUGACCGCAUGCCAGGACCGCAGCAUCCGCGUCUACAGCGUCAACUCCGGCAAGCCUUCCAAGUCCUUCAAGGGCGCCGUGGGCGACGACGGCUCUCUUAUCAAGGUAGUACUGGACCCCAGCGGUAUCUACGCGGCCACCAGUUGUACGGACAAGAACAUGUCCAUCUACGACUAUUACACGGCCGAGUGUCUGGCCACCAUGUACGGCCACUCGGAGCUCGUCACGGGACUCAAGUUCACGCACGACGGCCGCCAUCUCAUCAGCGUCUCCGGCGACGGCUGCAUCUUUGUCUGGAGGCUGCCCCACGACAUGACGCAGACGAUCGUAGCUCGCCUGGCGCAGCAGGCGGAGCGCGCGACGCGGGAGACGCGACGGGCGAGUCAGUCGACCUCAGACCUCCUGACUCCUGCACGGCCCUCUGCACUGCUGCACGCUGCUGCUGCUGCUCUGCACAGGCCCCCCUCGACCCCCUCGCUGAGCGACCCCCACUACGGCGAAGAGCCCUACAGAGCCUCCAGCGCUGACCCCUUCGCCGCCUCACACCCCGACAUGGAGGAGCCUGACUACAGGUUCAGCAUCGGGCAGUUGCCCGCGUGGGCCAAGAAGAAGGUGAGCGAGACCGCGGCGGGCGCCAGUAGCCCCACCUCAGGGGGCGCAGACCUCCCGAAGGGGCGGUGGGCACAGAAGGUCCCCAGUUCGUCCAUCACCUUCAAGAGUCACUACGACACCGACUCCGUUGUGCAGUUCCCUGCGCCAGUGGUUCCAGACGCACAAGUGUUCAAGAACAGCAAUCGGGUGGAAGUGUUGAGGAACAGUUUACAAGUGGAAGUGUUCUGUCCAUGCGAACAGUCGCAGCGUGAGCUAUCCAUGUCGCAGCUGUUUGAGAUCUCCCCCAGCCGCGUCAACACCCGACGGGGGACGGACCCAACCCCCAAGGACGGCGGGGGCUGGAUGACGUCUGACAACAGAGGGACGGGCCGACGGGCCCAAUAUGGCGACCCGUCCCGCCCGUCCACACGCAACCACACCACGGACGACAGCGACGGCAGCAGCCUGAGGGUGGACGGCGGGGGGACGACCACCGACCACGACGGGGACGUGGAGGACUGCAGUGAACAGGACGACGUCAGCACCGAGCCUGAGCCCCCCAUAUAUUACCCCCACCACGGGGACGCCGUCAGCGAGUUCCAAGUGACCGCAAUGGACGCGGAUGAACUACGGCGGUCACAGCGGCGGCACCGCAGCGGCGGGGCCGGCAAGCCGGCGGUCGCUGCGCUGCUGAAGGAGGCGACCGGCAGUGGCGGUCUCCCCGCCGCCGCCCUCAGUCCCGCCAUGUCGGGGUCUCAGGAGAGCGACGAAGAGGAAGAGGUGAGCACGCCCAGCGGAGAGAACGCUGAGCGCACGCUGCUCUCGAUGCUCAGCUGCGAGAGCGUCGACAAGCUCGGCCACCGCGAGUCCUUCCUUAAGAGCACCUACGAGAGUCUCGGCUCUGACCCCCGCCCCAGCGACAGAGACAACAAGAACAGUAUAUCUUAUCGCUUCAACGCGCGUCACAAGGACGCCUCGGUUGUGUCCGACAAGAAGGAAGAGCUGCUCAGGAAGAUCGAGGAGACCCGCAAGAAGCUGCAGAGCAUCGGAUACAAGAGCAGCUUGCGCAGCAGCAAGAGCAUCUCAGACCUGAGCAACAUCCCUGAGAAAGACAACGCGUUCAUGUCUCUUGGUGUUGGUGCAACACCCACGCAACACGGCAGCGGCAACACAGGUAAAACAGCGUGGCUUUCCUCUCUUCCUGGGGACGCCUGUUCUUCCUCACGUGAGGGGAGAGUUGGGGAGGAUGUGCAUCAUUGGAGUUCAGUGACGAGAGGCGGCGAGGGUUCCUUCUGUUGUUCGAGUCGUGCUCUUCCUCCGUUGUUGUCUUCUUCUUCCUAUAAUGAAUCAGAUCGAUGUGUUGAAUUAGAUGGUCGUGACGUCGGUGGUCAACCUGUCAGCAGUCGCUUUCUUCUUGCCAUUCCUGCUCAUAUGGCCAAUUCUGGGGUGUUAGCUGCCCUUAGCAGCUGUCAUGUCACUCCCGAAAAGGUCAUGGACAACAGUCAUGGCAGAGCUGCCAGUACCCCGAACAGUACCCACGUCAGAGCUGCCAGUACCCCGAACAGUACCCACGUCAGGGCUGCCAAUGCCCCGAGUAGUACCCACGUCAGAGCUGCCAAUGCCCCGAACAAUGCAGCAGCAGUCACACAGACUCUCACUUCAUCACUUCCUUCACCAAAACCUUCUUCUUGUCCGCGCGAUCCCAAGGCUCUCGUAAAAGCUCCACUCAGCGAAGACCGUUCGCGGCGUGAAGUGUUGAGGCCUUCAGCGCUGCCUUUAGCUGCCCGCUUCUCUGAUGCUUUGGACGCGGCGAAUGGAAAUGACGAACGCCACCAAGACGACGUUGUGCUCGUUGACGUCGGAGGCGUUGUGUUUGAUGACAAGGACGUGGCUAUCGGCGACCGCACGACUGGUCAACGUCUGCUGCUGGAACUGGAAGUUUAUUUUCGGGAUUUAGAAAAGCUUUCGAUACAUCCACUCUCCGGAGCUGCUAUCCCCUACACGGUUAGAAAGAAAUCUGCAAACUCAGUGCAUUUCUCUGAGAACUCCGAGACAGCGUGUGACAGCACCGAGUCUGGGAGUGACACUGUGAUCAGUAAUGAGACGGACUACAGCUACGACAGUUUGGAUGACAGCGAUGGCAAUAACCUCAACAAUUCUUUUAGUCUUAAUGACGGGGAUUAUGAGAAGACUGUGAGUCACGAACUUGAGGCAGGCUAUUUCAUUCAAGAACGUUCGUCUCGGAGAGACUGCAAUGAACAAGAUGAAGACGAGGUAUUCACUUCAGAUGGAGCGAGUUCGUCAUAUGGGUUGUCUCGGUCUCUAGACUGUGGAUCAGUUUUGCUUCGUAAUGAGGAGCUUCGUUCUAUAUCAGACUCACGAGAAUCUCUGCAACGACUCUUUGUCUCUCAUCAAGACUUCACUCGCAAUCAAGAGACAAGUUCAGAGCUCACAGAAUUCAAACGUAAGUUUCAAGAGCUGCGCCCACAUCCUGUCUCUCGUUCUGUGCACCUGGACUCCCCUCGCUGCUGGUCUGACUCUGGUUUACCUGAGGCAGAUGGCGUGUAUUUUGAUCUGACAACCACGACGAAUGCCCAUCAGUUGAUGGGCAACGGGCCUUACCGGCCCGGCAUCAGGCCUCACGAGUCUUUGUGUAGGACGAACUUCGAGCCUUCGUACCGACCGUCACCUGCAGCAGCCAGAUCCUACGCGGAUAAAUCUGCCGUGGACGCUCUGCUGAGGUCAGGCCAGCCUGGCUUUGGAGGCAACGACUUAGGUAAUACUACAACAUCUGUCAUUGAAGAUGCUUCGGAAGCCUUGAGCUUCUCAUGGCACGGCGAUGUCAGAGCAGCGAACUUGAAUAACUUCACUCAUUGCUUCGGUGCCGGUAUAGAAACAGUGGAAAAUUUUCAUGCGUCCUCACCCUCAAAGAAAGACAUUCCCAAGUCCCCCGCCGUGCUGAGAAGGGUGACUCAAGUUCCUUCUUUAAGUUGUGAUGCUGCCUCGUUCCCUCCAUUGAAGAAAGACGAGUCUUCUUUCGUAAGCGGGAGCGCUACAUUGCCAAGAUACCAGCCUUUGAGAACCUUGCAUGGCGGGACGGUCUCCAACGGCGCUGCCCUCAAGAGAUAUGUUCCUAGUGACGCCCUCGUGAAUCACUCCCCUCAUGCCCCUAGCGACGCCCUCGUGAGUGUCUCCCCUCAUGCCCCUAGCGACGCCUUCGUGACUCACUCCCCUCAUGCCCCUAGCGACAGCCUGCGGCAGAGGCCUGGUCGCGCCCAUAGAGUGUCUCUCGCCAGGCACCUCACGCUCCCUCAAGUCCUGCCCUCGAAACCGGGAGGACGCAAGAGUCGGUGUCCCGGCAAGUCCCCGGGCCGCGGGUCCCAGCAGUUCGGGGCCCCUGUUCUGCGCUCCAACUCCGUCACCAGGAUGGACCAGGAUGAGGGCGGGGGGCGGGGAGGGGGGCGCCAGAACCCCCCCAGCGCCGCCAGCAAGAUGACGCCCCGGGCACUUAAACGCAAGUCUUCUCUCUCCCAGGCGCUCUCUACCGUGUAUCUCAGUAGGCGGCCUGGCAUGCCUGUACGAGCCGUAAGUGAGCGGGACCUCACUGCAGACCUCAACAGGUCCCUGACGAUGCGCAGUGCAGGAGGUCAGCUACGGACAGGACCGUCCCCUCGUCGUCAGAUGUCAGCGUCUGACCUGAGCAGACCUUCGUCAGCCGCCUCAACCGUCGACCUCAGUCCUGACGACUACAGCGCCCCAGCGUCAGCCUUCCCUAUAGACCUCGAGACCAUUCCCCUUACAGCCAGCGUGGUGGAGAGCCUCUGUGAGUGGGCCGUGGAGAGCUGCGAGCGACUAAGUCAGGUGUGGUGGAGAGUCAGUGCAGAGACUGGAAAUUCAGGACAGCCUGGUGAAGAGCAGCAGCAACGAGCCCUCAAAGCCCUCAUGCUGGGGGCUGCAGCGAGGGCACAACAUGCCCUCUCACCCCUCACAUCUUCCGUCCACAGCCCUCAGAUGAUGCCUCCUGCCAUGGCCGCGGCAUUGGCGGCCAACCAAGGUGGCGGCGGUAGUGACAAGGACCCCAGGGUGGUGGCUAUGAUGCAGCAGUACACUGACAUGCUCGUUAAUAUGGUGCAGCAGAAGAUGGCGCAGGCGCAGCCAUCACCCCCGGGACCAACAUGACUGUAAACGGUGUGGCGAGGACGGUCUUCAGCAUCGCUGCCCUUAUCCUUAGUCUCGUCUGCGAGCUCGGUUAAAAUACUUAGCUAUUUGUCCAUAUCUUUUAGAAUUGCAACGCUUCCAUCAACUCUUAUCAUCUAUUUGUCCUUAUCUCAUUGAAUUGCUGCGUUUCCAUCAACUCUUAUCAUCCAUUUGUCCUAUCUUAUUGGGAUUGCAGCGCUUCCACCAACUCCGAUGAAACAAACACAUUUGCUGUGUCAUCCCACGUUCCCAUGCUUCUCAACUUUAUUUUAUUUCCUUCAGCAAUUUUAAUUCAAUACAUUCCAUGAGCUUUAAAAUAUCAAGUGUCACAGCUUGUCUAACUUUCUCAAUUUUUUAUUUGCUCACACGCGACUCAAGCUUUUAGAACGCGUCCGGAGCACGAGCAUGACGUUGCAUUUUCUCUUGCACGAGAAGGGCUUUAAAGGUUAAAGGAUUUAUAUCGAUUAACCGACAAGAACUGUUGACUUGGCAUCGCCACACUGCGCUCCAAUUUUUUAUAUUCUGUAAGGUAUUAUCUUGAUGUUCAAUCUGAGGAUCAAAGAAUAAUCCUCUCUGCACCUCGAUGAGCAAUGAACGAUGUUCAACAUCUCGCAAUAAAUUUUUUAGCCUUGACUGUCUAACAAUCAAGAGAAGGUUAGUGCGCUUCACCGGUGUCCAUGAUGAUGAAACCUCUCGUGUGUGAUAUACGUCUUCGAUAACGUGUUUAUGUCUGUUGUUAGGCACGCCCGUACAUUUUAACUCGUCUGCCUGUGCUAACUCACGGAAUAAUAAUUAUGUUUAUUUGAAGUACUUCGGCCUUGCGUGCGAUGCAUUGCAUUUAAUUACACGUGACGUAAGAAGCGAGAAGCCGACGUGUGACCGGGCACUCGUCACGAAUAUUAUCUGCUGUACUUUUACUAUGUACGAAUUUGUGUAUAUUGAUUAACAUUGCUUGAACACCAAGUUUGUGCGUGUAUUUUGUGUUCAUAACCAAUAACUUUUAGAAGGCUUAGUGCCUUAGCCAUGCCAUUUGUUUAUAGCUUCUCUGUACGCUAGCCAUCUUAGCUUUUUCGUAAACACGCCAACUUGCGAUUCAUUUAACGCUUAGAAUUUUAUUUGUACAAAAGUUGACAGGGUCGCGUACCGUGAUGAUACGAAGCCUUGCAUUGAAUCUCUAGGUUAAUGCUGACGCUUCUGUGAAUGAAGGAUUUGUAAUAUAAUACACAACGGUUCGUUUUGUGUGCAUAUUUGAAGUACGAGGUCGGACUUUGUUCUAUGCGUGAUGGUGACGAUGGUCAUGUUCUUAAGAAUGUUAGUACCUAUCUUUAUAUAUUCUAGGUGCUCUUCCAUGGGACGCGAAAAUUUCAAUAGUUAUUUUUUUUAAGUGCUGCUGAACUUUUGUCUAACCGUAGGCUACCGCCGUACACUAGACGGAAGAUUUAUCGCUGCGUUCUUAAAAAAACGCGACUGAUUUUUUGCCUGGUCAUUUUUUUCAGUUUUAGAAAGAAUUUCUCAGGUUUUAUUCUACAGGCAGACGCUUGUCAAGCAUGGCUUACUUUUAUAAGGAGUCGCUGGUAACCUCAGUUUAUGUUAGGGCUGAGGGCGUCAGGUUUCUUCUGAUGCUGGAAAAACACGUGUUGGAAAAGAGAAUGCCAAUAAACGUCUUCCUAUUUGGUUAAUUAAAUUCAAUUGUCUUGAUAUGCACGGUGUUUAGAGGGCUAGUGUCAACAAACAGGACUGUUGAGUUGACCCACUGUCAACACCCUAGAUUUUUGGGUCUACACACUAGAUUGUCCUGUUGUGUUAUGCACUGGAUUGUUGUUUCUGUUGACACUGGACUGUUGCCAGCAAGCCGGCAACUCCUGUCAGCUCGCUGGUGUCCAUCUAAUGUGACAGGCUGUCAGUCGCUCCCCCUAGUCGUCACGAAGUCGCUGUGUUGUGGGUUGGUUUUCUCGCACUUGUUUUUAAACACAAAAAUGGCGCACCCUUUCUCGUGGCUAAUACAUUUUUGACAAAUUUUUUUUGCCGCUUUUAUACUAUUAAUGUCUAACUGAGCUGAAUCAUCGGUAAUAUGAGACUCGUUUUUGCCAGAGGUUGUUCCAUUCUUUUGAAAUACUAAGGACUUUCAGACGCGGAUGCCUUUUCCGAUGUUUAGUAAUUACUUGCCAAUAUGUUGUGCCGUAAGUUCUAUUUCCCUCGCUUCAUUUAACUUUUUCUCAUACCAACCGAUUGAAAGGAAUUUUUCUUCAUAUAAGCUUUUAAUUUCUUAUCAGCAGAUGAAAAGAUAAUUUUUUUUGUGCAUUUAAAGCACGCCUAGCUUUCAGCAAGACAAUAUUCCAAACGGAACUUUAAACUGAUGAGUUGUGCCAAGGCCGUGUAGGAAAGAGUGUCGUUAGCCCAGUGCCUUAUUCCCAUCGUGGUCAUGUUACUUGCUCCCAUAACCGCCCCUCCUCCCCUCUCAUUAUAAUUAUCUUCCAUUACAAGUGUAAGGAAUAAAGGUAGGCUUGUGCAACAGUGUGAUGCAAGCUAGGCUUGUAAAGAAAGAGUUUAGUUUAUGUAUACUACGAUUUCAUAUUAAUUCAUUGUACAUUAUCGGUCAUCAGUUUUACGGUCUUCAUUAACUUUCUCUAAUAAAAUAUUCAAGAAAUAA